AUGGUGCACUUGGGAGAAAAGUUGAUUAUCGUGGGUUUGUUCAUCCAGAUUGCCUUUUUCGGCCUUUUCAUCAUUGCCUUGACCAUUUUCCAAGUCAGAAUCAUGAGAAACCCAACGCCGCUCUCCUUGAGCCUCAGAACGUUCCCUUCCAGAAAAAGAAACUGGCAAAUGGUCAUUGUUACUCUUAGUACAUGCUCGGUUUUGAUUUUCAUCCGUUCCAUUGUGCGUUUGAUUGAGUAUCUUCAAGGUAACGAUGGUUACGUCAUCUCCCACGAAGUUUUCCUUUACACCUUGGAUGGUUUGUUGAUGUGGAUUACCAUGUUGAUUUUCAUUUUUGAAGACAUUGGUAUGUACUACGCACAGUCUGCUCGCCAAGAAAUGAAUGUCAACUUCUACGAGAUGCUGGAGGACAUUAGCGAUCUGAACAAGUACUACAUGGGUAACGUUAACUUUCCAAACCAACGUACAAACUUAUAG